AGCAACAUAUGCGUUUGUUUUGAUUGCACAAAGCUGGAGGCAGGUCGCACGCGUGUUCUUCCUCCAUCCGGUUCGUUUCGCGUUUGUGCCGUGUAGUUCGCGUAUAAAAAUGUUGUGUCUGUGAUCAAAUGCCAUCCAAUCGGUUAUUAAUUCGGUGCCGAGAAGUUCGGCAAAGUUUGUGUCGUUUCUAGCCGGUAAAAGUCUGUCUAAAACCGCGGUGUGCCGUCGUGAGGACUGAAGAAAAUGGUACCUGUUCGCUAGUGGGAAUGACUGCAAAUGCGCGUGAGUGUGUGGGAGAGCGAGACAGCGCGAUAAGCAGAAACAGGACGAGCACCAGGACGACGGCACGCAAACCGACCGGGGAGUGGCUAGUGGAGAAAGCAAUUACGACCGUGACGUGGUCGGAACACGACGACUAGUUCUGCUACACCUUCUAUUACUUCCGGUCGAGAUUGAUCACCGCUGAUAACCGGUGCGCUACCGUAAAAAUCACCUUUAACCGUGUGCGAGUGAGCGACAAGGCCACACACAGAGCGUUGUGUAUUAAAGCUGACCGGGAAACAGGCACAGCAACACUCCCAUUGCGUGGCCGAAAGCGAGAGUGUGAGUGUCUGUGUGUGUGUGCUGGCCAGUUGUGCGUUUUCGGCUACUAAUCAGACGGCAUUCGAGAGCAGCUAAAAAGGGGCGCAGAAGGAGUGGUGUUUUUAGUAUUUUCCGGAUACAGUUUUUAGCCACCUUGUUUUGUUUGAAAAGCUGCUGCCAACGCUAAUUUUGACAGUUCGCCUUCCCCCGAGAGCGACACAAACACAACAGACCUACUACGAUGGAUAAUACGGAUGUGGCGUAUUGUGUACACGCGUAGUAAACAGUGUAGCUGUCACUAUUAACCGUUUGCGGGAUGGUUCGCUUUGAUUUGUAACGAAAUUGCAUACAUUGAGGCGGUGUCCGUCGAUGGUGUGUGGCGUGAAAAUUUAGGUGUUUUGUGUGUAUCCAAUUUGGCGUGCGUGGAAGUGUAGUAAUUGUGCUCCGAAGUUCGAAUGUGCCGCGGGUGAUCAAAGGCCAAGCUGGUGAUCAUGUGUUGAGUUGUGAUUGUGGCAACAAAAGGAAGAAUACCGUGACGAGAUAAGGAGAGAAGAAAGAGGAAUUUCUGUCAAACGUCCGACACGGCAAAUUCAAAUGUUCUUCAACCUAAAUUGCUGCUCCAAAAGAUAAGGAAGUUUCCCGAACAUCAUCACCACCAUCCAACCGCCACCAACUGUUGAGUCCUACACACCUUGCCGAUGGAUGGGAAAUUUGUCAAAUUUAAUUGAGUGCGAGAUGCCAUUUUUAUGUAUGUGAUGCUGUACUGUGCACUGGAGUGAAGUCAAUGUCUAAACAAUCGCUGGACGAUUAGCAAGUUUUAAUGUAGAGCGCAUACAACACAACUCACCGGGCUGAAGUUAAUAGGAAGUGAGCGAAAAAUGGAUCCAUCGUCGUUAAGAUGAGCGUGUGAAGGCAUCCAAAUCAAGCUGAGCUGCACGAGUCCCAAAUCAUCCCUUCCAACAAAAAUAGACACGCAAACACGGCAGAAAAGUAAAAUAUUGUGAUAAACGUAUUUAAAAAAGACAGGACAUCCAAAAUCCUGCUUCGUACGGACGUGGUGUGCAAUAGUUCCUUCCUCGUCAAGCUUCGAUAGCUAGCUACACCACCAGAAACACACACACACAAACAAACAACGAUGCAAGAAAAUAGCGUAACGGCGGUUCCGGUGUCGGCGGUGACGGCAUCCGGAUUGGGCACAAUCGGCACCAGUGCCGGAAGCACCGGCACUGGUGUGGUCGGAAACACAGUCAACAACACCGGCAACAGCAACAGCAAUGGCAGCAGUACCGGCAGCACCAGCAACAACGGUCCUGGCAGUGGGCCAAUCACGGGGGCUUCGGCAGGCUCCGGCAGCUCGACGACCAUCUCACCACACGGCCUCAGCGACAUCGAUCAGGCACAGUUCGAGGCGGACAAGCGGGCAGUCUACAAACAUCCUCUGUUUUCCCUGCUAGCGUUGCUGCUCGAAAAAUGUGAACAAGCCACCCAAGGCUACAUUCCUUCCUCGUCUUCCGCGUCUAGUCCAAACGGGUCAUCCAACAAUGGCACCAGUGAUGGAGAUAGUUUCUCCCGAGAUAUUCAGGCCUUCGUACAACUGCUGGAGAAAGAAAAGCGUCCACUGCUAACGAACAACAGUGAGCUGGAUGGACUAAUGAUCAAAGCAUUGCAAGUGUUACGAAUACAUCUGCUCGAGCUGGAGAAGGUCCAGGAGUUGUGUCGGGAUUUCUGCACACGCUACAUUGCCUGCCUGCGCAGUAAGAUGCAGUCGGAGAAUUUGCUCCGAUCGGACUACGCACUCGAGCACAACAACAAUCUGUCCAACUCCAACAGUCCCAUCAACAGUCCAGAACAGGAUCUUUCCGGCAGUGCUCAGGGUUAUUACCAGAAUGCGGAUUACCUGCAGGGAAGCGAUACGAGCGAAUACAGCAAUAUGCAAGCAAAGGGAAGCUUACUGAGCUGCAGUAGUCCCUGCGGUCCGGGUGUUCAGACAUCAGCUCCACAGCAUUCGCUUCCCCAUCCAGCGUUGCAGCACCAGCUUCACCAUCACCAGCAAGUGCCGUUAGCAGCAGCAAUACAAUCACCACACAGUGCCACCAUCUUGGAAAACUCGUCAACUCUCGAAGACUUGGCGGGACACUCUCUGCCACCUUCGGGAGGUGUUGUUGGAAUGCCCGGACUUGCCGGAUUGCCUUCAUUGCAGGACUGUGCGACGGGAGCGCUACUUCCAACCGAUCUCACCACAGCUACAGCAGCUGCCGUCGCGAUGGCAUUCCAACAGCAGCAACAGUAUCACCUUCCAAUCCAUCCCAACGCUGGCACAAUGCCUCUCAACUCGGUCCGAUGUCCACCGUCGGCGAUUGCGCUUACCUCACCGCACGAUAUCUACGCCGGUCAGCUGUCACCGUGCGGGAGCUCCGAUGAGCUAGACUCCGAACUCGACUCACCCGGGGACGGUGAUUCGGGUUCGGGCAAACGGCUCAAGCGGGGCAUCCUGCCCAAGCAUGCCACCAGCGUAAUGCGCGCUUGGUUGUUUCAGCAUCUAGUCCAUCCCUAUCCUACUGAGGACGAGAAGCGUGCGAUAGCAGCACAAACCAAUCUCACCUUGCUUCAGGUAAACAAUUGGUUCAUUAACGCUCGUCGACGUAUCUUGCUGCCAAUGCUGGAGAAUGCCUCCGACAACUCUGGGGAGUAAGAGUCCUAAUCCUUGCCCCCUGUCAUCUUGCAAACUCAAACCUAGUCCACCAAAGACCCCACUAUCAGUGAAACGAUCGACGCUAGUUUCUACAUCAAGUGUCAACCUCACCUCAGGCAGGCAACCUAAAAGAUGUUCACCAAAACAAGCGGAUGCGUCUUCGAAAGUGCGAUUCGUAACAUGCCAUCUCUUCGUUGACAAGUCAGAUCUAGACCGAACGAUUGCUUGGUUAGGUGCCAAUCGGAACACAAACCAAAUGUUUUGCCAAACAAGUACUGUCCAUUGUCCGGUAAUCGCCAAACGGGGGCUCCUUAUCAAAGUUUUCUAGAGCCGUUAACUGUAACAAUCCUCGGUUUACCCAUGAGGUUAUGUGUUUACAAACCGGUGUCACCGUAAUCGAUGUAUUACGAUUCAUUAAGGGGCGUUAGAGAAUGCGCACUACAACAACAACCGGGUUGAACUGCAUCAAUUCAAUUCCUAUCUUUAGCCGGAUGAAACGUUAAUUGGAAACAAUUGCGUGUUGCUUCCCAAUUUCUAAAUCAAAUUCUGCCACCCAGGUAGCCAGACUCAGGCUGCCCAGAGCAGCAACUUGUCAACUUCCCUGUCAAGGAAACAAAUGUCCGGUUUCUCACCUCACUACUGAAAUCAAACCAAAAAAUCCACCCUGUUCAAGAAGCAGAAAACGUGAACCAGUGGCCGAAUAAUUGCUCCAAUCAAUGUGGGUAAACAAUGUGCUGCUCGUGCCCGUGGUAGUACAACCGUGCCGUCCGAUUUGAAUAGAAAUGCAAUUUACAAACAAAUUCAUCCCAAUCGGGGUGUUGUGAGAGCGAGCGGACCCGAAUUUCGGUCACAGCACAGAUUCCGGUGAAUGGGCAACGCCUGACCGCGGGUAGCUGCUUCCCUAACCAUCGGUGAAGUGGGUUAUUAAUUAACCCGUGUGCUUGCAAGCUGCUUCGCUAUCCUUUCAUCGGUUAAUGCUAUUAAUGAUGAAGGCGAACGUGUGAGAAACGAAAAAAAAAGCAAAGCACGAGCAAUAACUCGACAGGACCUGCGGGAAUAUUAUUCGUGCGUGCCGGUGUGCUAUGAUGAUGAAGCCUGAAUUGAUUAAUAUUUAUUACCUUCGUAAUGAGCCACCUUCCCGUCCCGUUCCCGGGAACACAGUGGUAAGGACGAACGGUUCUGGGAAAGCCGCGUGUUUUAUUUUUUUACCCCGUUUUCACCACCCUGUACAGCGGGGGAAGUCUUCGAACAGUCCGCGGAAAAGGUAACUCAAUUAUAGAAUGGGGAAGCAGUGCGCGUGUGUGUACGGUUGAGAAACCGGAAUUGAAAUGGAUUUGUGCGUUUCGGCAGGCGGGCGAUUAUACUUACUGGGGCUGUGGGCCUCGCGUGUUGCCCCACCACCUACGGAGUGGUGGAUGUAAUCGGAUGAUGAUUACAUAAAUAAAUACCAUUUACAUACAUUUCGGCCCAGUGUGCAGUCCACACGCGUAAGGAAGAAGAAAUUCAACAAUGACCCCGGGGCAAGCGGACGGUUCUAUUAAAAUCCCUCGACGACGACGAUGAUGAUAGCCGCAUGAUUACGAAUGAUGCACUUAACGAACGAACGAAGCAAAAGGACGCUGGCACACGUGGUGCAUAAUGAAGAAAAAAAGCGUAAAAACGAACGCACCAAUCGCAAAUCCUAGAGCAAACCAGAAACUGAGAAACAAUACUUCCAAAAGAGAUGUGGAAAAUACUCAAACUCAAGCUAGAGCAAACAAAACUCAUACGAAACAAACAAAACAAGCCAAGUAUACGUAAAUUACUACAACAAAACACUCAAUCCUGCUGAAGAGAGAAGUGAAAGAGAAGAGAACAACCAAAAUAAUGGAAUACGAUUACUGUAAGUGGUAUAAAAAUGCAAACAAUCGUUACACCCUCAAACACACGGACGUAGUAAGCGCAACACAAAGUUACUUUUAAGUGUCAUAUUCAGUUCCGUUCUCUAAGUUUAAGGCAUUGAUCGUAACAUGCAACUACUGUGAAAGAAUGAAACAAAGCAACAGAUAUACGUACACUAGUAUACUAAGAGCAGUGGUGGGUAAUGAAAUGAAAAACAAAAACUAAGCAAGUUAAGUAAUAAGGUAGUAAGAAAAGGUGGGCACGUUUCGUAAUAGUCGUAAAUGGUAAGAAGCAGCCACAAACAGCAACAAAAAGCAAACAAAAAGCCCCAAACCGGAAAAUAAACUUUCUCACCGGUUCUUUCUCAAGCUCCAGCAGGGGCUAACAUGCUGAAGGGAUAAUACGCUGAAGAGACGUAGCCAGGAGUGGAAGGACGAGAGUGAAGUCUGUGAUAAUAGAUUUAUUUGAUUUCCAUAUCGCCAUGAAAUGAUGAAACGAAAGCGCGAGAGAAACGGCGUACGGAUGUUGAAUCAGCCACAAUGCAGAGCGUCGUAAAAAAGGAGUUUGUGUGAAUCGUUUUCGAAGUUUAAACCCAAUUUUUCGUUUCAAUUUUCUCCUCAAAACAACCAUACAUCCGCUAACAUUGCUUCCGUUUUUCCCAAUUCGGGACAGUCUACUGGCGUUGGGUAAACAAAAAGUGUUGUAUGUAAUGGUGAAAAGUGAGCUGAACCCCCCCUCCUAUACGAUAAUGAUACGAACGAAUCUUUCAAGCUCGCGUGAAGUACCGGCACGGAAAACAAAACCCAGUCAUCGAAGUAACUGAAGUAUACCAUAUAGUUGAGAUAAGUGAGCCAGCCAUGUGCGCGACCAGUAUACAGAAGCAGAAAACGAACAGCAGCAAUGAACUACAAAAGAAGGCAAGCUAACCGCGCAACCAAUGCCGCAAGUGUGUUGUAGAGCUUUUGUGUUAGUGAAAGCCAGAACGUUGUUGUUACUACUAGCAGAGAGAGAAAAGCGACUCAAGCGACAACAACAACGGAUAGAACUGCUGUAGGAAGGAGAUACGACAAAAGUGAAACUACAAAAUACCAUCGUCACUGCUGCGAACCUUGUAUACGUAAAUAGGAAAACAAAGAACAAAGAAUUCAUAUUGUGAGUGAGGCAAACGAAAUAAUAGAGCAUAACAAAUUUACGUUAUUAUUUUUCAAAAAUUAACAUAUAUAUCUAUAUACACACACACGUACAUGAGUAUAUUCCUAGUAGCGUAAGGUUUUUAUUACCAAUUCCUAAUACCGUUAAGAGAGCAAUUUGGGAAAGGGACGAUAGAAGAAGUCACAAAUUUUCCUUUUUUUUCUUAAAUGAUGCCCCACUCAGAACUAACAAAUGUGUAUACUACUAGCUGCAACCACUUUUAGCCAAAUAGUAAUGGUAAAACUCAUUCAACCGCGCACCGUCCAAAGCUGAAAGUAACGGUGAAAAGUUUGUGGAAGAAAACGCGCGUUCACACCUAUAACCCAACUUUCUUCCAGUUUUCUUCUUUUUCCAUACCCACUCACACACACACACACGAAUCCUCAUGGAAUCCGGCGCUGGAUUCUUCCGAUCGAACAACAAAGAUGUUACCAUGUUACGUUAGGCUGUAGGUAAGGUUCGAACCACGCGCGUGUGUGUGUGUGUUGAUGAUGGUGGUGGUUGGGUUGCGUUGGGUCAGAAGGAUACUCAUUUUCCCAAGAGUUCUUUCACUGACUGUGUGCUACUUUCGAUUUCGCUAUCCUAGUCUCCUUUAAAAGGGAAAAUAGGAAUCUCGCGUGACAUGAGCCCGCCGCCACCAGCGCUGGGAGUGAUUAUGGGGUCCUUGAAAUGAUGUUUUUUCUUCCCUUUCUUUUUAAAAGCUAAGUUAGAGUUUCUUUUCUUACCUUAUGCGCGUUCAUUACUCUUGUCUUGUUCGUACUAAAUUUGACCGCCACACUCUUCGCACAAACAAACCUUUUAUUCAAUAUCCUAAGGUUUUGUUACUUGUUUGAUGAUCAAACCUAUUUUUAAUUGACUUUGUUGAUUUUCACUCUUAACUGCCAAUAGCUUUUUUUAAAUAACUACUACUCUUCUCGGGGGAGAUUUUGAAAUUCUUGAAGCUCUGGUGGUGCGUUUAAGUCAAACCAAUUAACCGUUAAACAUCCCAAACAUUAACGCAUUCAAUCGUGUACCAUACAUUUCUUAUAAUUUUUAUUUUAUAGAUGAAUACUUUUUUUUUUUGAAAGCCAUGCAAACACACAACUUAACGUCCGUGCCAUUAAGAGAAAACGUGAAGGGAGAUAAGAUAAAUAAGAACAACAAAUUGAAGUGUAGUGUAGAGCUAGUGUGAGAGAGGCAGAAGAAUGCUUGAGAGCAACACAGAACUACCUUCAGUUAAAAGUACGUAAAAGCAUAACUUUAGAACUUAGAAACAACAACAAAAGUAUACCGCAUAGAAUUACCUAACAUGGGAACGAGAAGAAUAGAAAAUCGCCACUUCCUUUUUGCGGGAAGAGCGCGCUGCUAAGGCUUGUUCACUAUUUUGCGCUUUUGUGAAACCGUAACGUGCAUGUGUGAAUCGAGGAAAAAAGUCGACAAAAUUACCAGCACUACUCUCUGCGACAAUUUUAUUUGCAAAAAAUAAGAGAAAAGAAAAAUUUAACACAAAAUUAGAACAUACCACGUUUAGAGAAUCGGAACAACCACCCAACCCCUGUUUAGCUUAACAAUCUAUUUCGGCAAAAAUACUAAAACAAAGCAGAAAGGCAAUAAGAGGAUGGAAGAGAAGUUGAACAUCAAUCUAAAAAAAAUGAAGUGGGUUAAAAAUUGGAUAGCUGGUGCAGGCUCUACUAAUGCCCCGAAGGAAACGGUUACCCUACAAAACAGCAAACGAUAAGAAACGAAACGAAACGAAAAGAAAAUGUAUACUAUUAUAUUAUUAAUUGAUCAAUUGAUUGAAGAAAUCAGGCAAAGAGAGGCAGGGCAAAUCGGAGAAGGAAAACACAGAAACUCCUUCGUGCCGAAAACCGGAACCGCGAAACACAGAAGCUGCCUCAUUUUAAGCGAAAUGACAGCUGAGAAUAAAACUAUUUGAGAAAUCUA